CGUGCUGUUGUUUUGAGCAGUUCAGUGCCACGUGCUCCGAACAGUUGGACUUUUCAGGUCAGCUGUGCACAAGUUGUGGGUGUUCGGUUUCAGGAAGUUAGAGCGUUCGUUAUUAUCCAGUGUUUUAAGCUGCAGAAAUGGGCACGUACAGAUAAAGGAAAUGUGUUACUUUCAUUUGUUUAAUUCCUAAUCGCGUGUGAAAAUCAUAAGCUCAUAAAGGUUUAAAUUCAAAUCAGUGCAGACCUGUAGCUACCGGAGAGCAUGCGGGGGAUGUUUGCAACUUAUGAAGAGGCACUGCUUUCUUUUUUAAGGUGAUAUCGAGGUGUGGCACCAGUUUUCAGACAGAGCUCCAUUAACUUUUCGGAUACAGGAGUAGCAAUGGAUCCACCAUCUGUUGAUAUUCCCACCUAUGUUGAGAUAAUUAUACUAGUGUCCUGCAUUCUCUCUUUCUUGGGCUCCUUCCUUAUCAUCACCACCUAUAUUACCUGGCCUGAGUUGAGAACCAAACCCCGGCAACUGUUAGUGUUUCUUUCUGUAACCGAUAUGCUGUCGGCAAUUUCCUACUUCUAUGGGGUCUUCAUGAGUUUUGACAGUAAUAGUUGGGAUUGCGUAACCCAAGGAGCGGUGUCUACUUUUGCAAAUACCAGCUCAUUUUUCUGGACGGUUGCAGUUGCUAUUUACUUGUAUGUAGUAAUUGUUAAGGCUAACAAGAAGGUUGCGGACGGCUUGGUUGUAUGGUUCCACCUCAUAUGUUGGUGUGUGCCGCUUCUGAUCACAGUGACAGCAGUGGCGCUGAAGAAGAUCGGAUAUGAUGCAUCGGCUGUUUCAGUUGGCUGGUGCUGGAUCCGUAUAGAUGCAGGUGAUCACAUGCUUUGGAUGCUGCUGACUGGAAAGAUCUGGGAAUUUAUUGCCUACAUCUCCCUGCCCGUUCUCUAUAUCCUUAUCAAAGUACACAUCCAUACUGCGCACUCUGCACUAGCUGAAUACCGCCCUCUUCUAGUCAGGACUUCAAGUUACCAGUCUAGUUCGUCGAUUGCAGAUAAGAAGCUGACAUUUAUCCCCAUCAUAUUUAUCAUUUUGCGGAUCUGGAGUACAGUGAGGUUUAUACUGGCAAUUUGCAACUCUACUACUGUCUGGAAUCCAACACUGGUAGCCUUGCAUGUAAGUAGCACUGUUUAA